CACUUUCAGAUCUGGGACCGGGGAGCUACUACGCUAUCAAUCAGUUCACUGCCAGUCUUGGGCGCCCACACACCUCAUCCUCACACCACAUUUUAUCGAUUCACCAUUCACAUCGUCCCGUGCUGCUGUCCACGUCCCGGCCAUUCUUCCUUCCACCUUCACUUCCACUUCUUGCUCCCUUCCGGUCUCCGCCUGGCCCUGGCCUCUAUCUCCAUUUCCAUUUCUCUCUCUUUCUCUCCGUCCAGUCUGCACUCCCGUUUCCAACGCCAUAACAAUUUUGGAACCAUCUGCCAGACUUUCUGCUCGGCCAACCCUUCCGCCUUUCCGGGUCAAUCCACUCAUUCUCACAAUCAUCAACCAGCCUCACUACGAACGCAUCCAGUUGUCCAACCCCGUAUUGCAACCUUGAUUAGUUUCAGACGACAAACCUUCAGGUCUACACACGGAGUGUCUGUACAAACAGCCAACCCUAACACGGUAGACCGAGGUAGUGGAGGAACUUGGACGAGGUUCGAUCUGCAUUUCUUUUCUGCGACACAUACACGCACGAACGAUAUCCCUACCCUCUUAGUCGCCUUCUGGCCCUCAGUUUUCAGGUUCUCAAGGCUCGCUCCCUGGGAAACAUACACUCAACCUGUCCGCCACAGUUCUUCGUCUGCGAAGACCCUGCACUUACUAAAAGCAGCAGCGCAGAACCGGAUAUCGCAUCCCCAAUUUACGCACAACUCCCUGUAGCGCCAUAUCAUUUCGCGGUCCUGCGCUGUCGACCGUUCUUCCCCAAACCAGCCCUCAGCCUUGUAUCCUACGAUGCGUCCGAUAUUUCGAUAAGACAGAGACCUCCGAUUUCGUACACACCAAUACGUUACAGCUGCGUCUCGACCCACCCACCACCGAUCUUCGCCUGUGUGAUUAUCAAUUCGCCCUCCAAAGAUAGCCUCCACUCGCCAUGGUGUCCACCCCGUCCGGAGGCGGGUCUGUCGCUGUGGCGGCUGCCGGAACGUCGAGCAACAAUGCAAGCGCGCGAGCCUCCCCUACCGUUACCUCCCAUUCCAGCAACGGCAAGUCCAAGACGGCGCCAGUCAACUCGAACGGCUACCAUCCUCCGAAAUCCCAGAUCCCGCUGAGCUUCAUGAAGAGCGAACCUCUCGAUUUGAAUUCGGUGGAGCGACGCGGCCAGCCUACCGCGUGCAAGGAACCUUCAAAGAAGAAGAACCGGCCUCAUGGUCUUGAAGAGGCACCAUCCUAUUGCCCAACUGAGGAGGAGUGGAAAGAGCCCUUUGAGUACAUUCGCAAAAUCACACCAGAGGCCAGCAAAUUUGGUAUCUGCAAGAUCAUCCCGCCCGAGUCAUGGAACCCCGAUUUUGCAAUUGACACCGAGAGAUUCCACUUUCGUACCCGCAAGCAAGAACUUAAUUCGAUUGAAGGCAGUUCGCGCGCCAAUAUCAACUAUAUUGACGCCCUUCAAAAAUUUCACAGACAACAUGGGAACAACCUCACGCGGCUCCCUUACGUUGACAAAAAGCCGCUCGACUUAUUUCGCUUAAAGAAAGCCGUCGAAGCUAGGGGAGGGUUCGACAAGGUGUGCAAGCUGAAAAAAUGGGCGGAAAUCGGACGUGAUCUGGGCUACAGCGGGAAGAUCAUGUCAUCUCUUUCGACAUCGCUGAAAAAUUCGUAUCAAAAAUGGCUUUGUCCGUACGAAGACUAUCUGCGAGUCGCAAAGCCUGGCGUUCAUCAGCAACUCGAGCUGGAAUACGGCGGGCCUCUCACACCCAGCCCAGCCCCGAGCCCAAUGAAGCGAUCAAAUGCCCAGACCCCCUCAGACCUUCGCGGCGAAUCUCCAUCUCGGCACCCCACGGAGGCAGCAGUAAACGGGCACGCCAAGGAUUCUGAUCGGGAUGUCACAAUGACAGACGCCCCAUCGGUACCAGCGCCACCGGUCAAAAGUGGCUUCACAGCCAUCAACACUGGAGGCUUCACGGCGAUCAAUUCCGGGUUCACGAGUAUAAACCGUCCGCUGGCCCCUGCAUCAGAAGCCAUCACCCCGCUGUCCUCUGCCAAGAAUACCCCUGAAGUUCGACCAUCAGCAGCUGGCUCGUCUUCACUGAAGCGGCAACUAAGCUUCGAUAGUACGUCAGAUUCCGCCAAAAAGGAAAGCUCGGUGGACAAGGACGAUGGAGAAGCAGGCAGUCGUCGUAGCAAGAGGCUCAAGAAGGAUUCGGUACCAACAGUGGCUGGUUCACACAUGUCGCUCUUUCGUCCUUCUGCACCCAGAAUUCCAAGAGAGGACUCGAGUUCGGGAGAGAAUUGCGAGCAAUGUGGCAAGGGUAGUGAGGAGGGCUCAUGCAUGCUGGUUUGCGAAUCCUGCGAUAACCACUACCAUGGCUCGUGCCUGGAUCCUCCUCUCAAGACCAAACCAGAGAAUGAAUGGAACUGCCCGAGAUGUCUCGUCGGAGACGGCCAGUUUGGCUUCGAAGAGGGCGGCCUCUAUUCGCUCAAGCAGUUCCAAGAGAAGGCUGCCGACUUCAAGCAAGGCUACUUCGAGAACAAGAUGCCUUUCGAUGCGGUUCUCAAUUGUCAUCGUCCGGUUACCGAAGAUGACGUUGAGCGUGAGUUCUGGCGCUUGGUCGCAGAUCUGGAGGAGACCGUCGAAGUCGAAUAUGGCGCAGAUAUCCAUUGCACGACACAUGGCUCUGGAUUUCCGACCGUGGAAAAGAAUCCCAACAAUCCCUACUCAACGGAUCCAUGGAAUCUCAACCUGCUGCCUCUUCACCCAGAAAGUCUCUUUAGGUACAUCAAGACUGACAUCUCCGGCAUGACGGUACCGUGGGUAUAUGUGGGCAUGAUUUUCUCUACCUUUUGUUGGCACAACGAAGAUCACUAUGCGUACUCUGCCAACUACCAGCACUUUGGCGCAACGAAGACCUGGUAUGGCAUCCCCGGCGAGGAUGCUGAAAAGUUUGAAGCCGCGAUGCGUGAAGCGGUUCCGGAGCUGUUUGAGACGCAACCGGAUCUCCUAUUCCAGUUGGUCACUUUGCUCACGCCUGAACAACUGAAAAAGGCAGGCGUGCGUGUAUAUGCACUGGAUCAACGGGCCGGUCAGUUUGUUAUCACUUUCCCAAAGGCCUACCACGCGGGCUUCAACCAUGGCUUUAACUUCAACGAAGCCGUCAAUUUCGCCCCUAGUGAUUGGGAGCCAUUCGGCCAUGCUGGAGUGGAACGACUUCAGACAUUCCGACGGCAACCAUGCUUUUCUCAUGACGAGCUGUUAUGGGCCGCGGCAGAUGGAAUUACGGGUACCGGGUUAACGAUCCAAACAGCGAAAUGGCUCGCCCCUGCUCUCGAUCGGAUCCAUCAGCGAGAGAUGGUGCAGCGUAGAGAGUUCAUCGGUAAGCAUGACUUUAUCGCCACGCAUCUCGACGCAAAACAUCCGUCUCCGCACCAUCUCUGCGUUUUUAACGGAGAAACGAACGAGAAGUGCCCGAUCCAGUUUGCCAUCAAUGAUGUGGAUGUGCCCGAAGACGAGUAUGCAUGUUUCUACUGCAAGGCGUACACCUACCUAUCCCGGUUUGUAUGCCUGAAGACGGGCAUGGUACUAUGCUUACUACAUGCUGGAAGCCACAAAUGCUGCGAUGCUCAGGAAUCAGACCGCUUUUUAGGCAAAGAACACGCUCUUUAUUAUCGGAAAUCGGAUGAGGUCAUGGCAUCUACCCUCAAACGGGUGACCGACAAGGCCAGUGUGCCGGAGACAUGGGAGGAGAAAUACCAAAGACUCCUUGACGACGAAGCGAAACCGUCACUCAAGGCGCUACGCAAUUUGCUAAGCGAAGGCGAGAAGAUUCCCUACGAGUUGCCAUCGCUUUCCACUCUCAAACUUUUCGUCGAUCGCUGUAACCACUGGGUAGAAGAGGCGACUAAUUACACUAUCCGCAAACAGCAGAAUCGCCGAAAAAGCGAAAAGGCUUGGCCAGUCGGCGUCCGAAAAUCCGUCGGAAACGCUGAACACGAUCAAAAGGAGCGAGAAAUGCGCAACGUUGCCAACAUUCAUCGCCUCCUCGACGAAGCGGAGAUGAUUGGGUUCGAUUGCCCUGAGAUUCAACAACUACGGGAGCGAGCCGAGGCGAUCAAAGCGUUCCAGGAGACUGCAAAGAAGGUGUUGGAUCUCCCACGAGACCUUCAACCAAUCGGUUCAAUCGAAGAGCUCCUUGAGGAAGGCCAGAAUUUCAACGUCGAUAUCCCCGAGGUAGAAAAGCUCUACAGCGCGCUGGAGCGACUCAGAUGGGACGAAAAGGCCCGGGAAAGUCGAUCCAAGUUCAUGACCCUCGAUGAGGCGCAAGAGUUGGUAGACGAGGGAAAGCGCCUCGGUAUCCAAAUAUACGAGGAUAACAUCAAAUACUUGGAGGAAAAACUUGAAAAGGGUCGAGAAUGGGAAAAGAAGGCCAGGGAGUUGAUCAACGCCGAUGUUGUGAACUACUCGCAACUUGACUCCUUGUCGGUACAAGCGCAACACGCCAACCUGCCAAUCUCCAAGGGGACGCUGGAUAUGGUCGACGCGAUACUAUACAAACAACGUGAGGCUCAACGCCAAAUCAUCGACCUGAAUAAGCGCUCCGCUGAUCCAGAUUAUACCCAAAGACCCAAGUAUAAUGAGGUUGCUGAGGUGAUGAGGAAGGUCGAAGAACUCCAGGCCAAGCCUCCCGGCACGCUCGACCUUGAAAAGGAACAAAAGCGCCAUGAAGACUGGAUGCGUAAGGGGAAGAAGCUUUUUGGCAAGAGUAACGCCCCAUUGCACAUUCUCAAGAGCCACAUGGACUACGUCCUCGACCGAAAUAAGUGGUGUUUCAACACUGUCGAGGACACGCCAAGAUCGCCUGCUGAGCCAGCAUCCAGGGAGCCCAGUGUGGAUGGAGAACAUGACUCCUCAGACAACGAAGAUGAAAAUGGUUCGAGGCAAGUGUUUUGCAUCUGCCGCCGUGUGGAAGCGGGUAUGAUGAUCGAGUGUGAGCAGUGCCAUGAAUGGUAUCAUGGCAAGUGUUUGAAGAUUGCUCGUGGUAAAGUGAAGGAGGACGACAAGUACACCUGCCCGAUCUGCGACUGGCGAGUCAAGAUCCCUCGGGACGCAUCGCGGCCCAAGCUGGAAGAUUUGAUCGCUUGGUAUGAAGAGAUACCAAACCUUCCGUUCCGGCCGGAAGAGGAGGGAGUCUUGAAGGAUAUCAUCGACAUGGCUGAACGUUUCCGCAAACACAUCUCGCCUCUGUGCUCUGGUUUUUCGACCGCUGCCGAUGCAGAGAACCAACGUUUCUACCUCCGGAAAAUCGAGGGUGCUGAAAUAUUGCUGGCAUACGAAACCAAUUAUCUGCGACAGGAAUUGCAUAAGUGGAAUCCCGUUGCGCCCGAGCCGCCCCCGAUUCUGGAGCAGUCUAAGAGUACUCGCAAGCCCCGGCCCACAAAGCUCCAAAAGUUGCUACAACAACAUGGUGUGCAAGAUCCGGACGACUUGCCUGAAGAUGUUCGAGGAAGAGCGAACAGCCUCAAGCGUAAAGCUCAAAACGCUGAGGCCCAUGCUGGGGGCUUGGGUACAGGUCCCGGCAUGCACCCAUUCGGCCCCAGUCACACUUACUUCUCGCGGCAGUCAUCAGCUCAACCCCAAACGCCGGGCUUGCCAAUGACCAACAGCUCUCACGCUCACCCCUCGCGUGGGCCAGACUCAGUGUCACCCUCCAACACCCUGAAUGGGCGUACGGGCUCUCUAUCCCAUCAUUCGCCCCUUCACCAUUCGCGCUACUUUAACGGAGACAACAGCACAUCCGGCCAGGCACUCAGCAUCGAAGACCGGAUUCUCCGUGACCAUCACGAUAACGACGACCAUGCGGACGCUAAUAGAGCCAAAUUUCGUGACUCCAUUUGGGGCAGCGCCAGUUCCGCAACUAAGAGGUCCUCGGCGUCCGCCCUGGUGACGGAAAACGACCCUAUGGGCAUCGGCCCGCCUGCUGACGAAGGCGUAGCGGACAAUCACAUGUUCAUUGACCUUGUGCACGAUGACGACGAAGAAGACGAGAGGAGAGGAGCGGCGGCGUCGGCAUCGGCCGACCUGGUGGCUGACCACCACCAUCACCGCCAUGAAAUGGAGACGGAUCACGAUCACCUGUUGGAGGUGUAGGAUCCGAUCUGGCAUGGCUGAUUGUUUGUGGAUCCGUUUCUCAUUCUCUUUGGUGGUCUUCUAUGUUUCUACCAUUGUGUUCUACGGAAUCGCUAAGCGGUGGUCGACGUUGUGAACCACACUACACUUUUGUGGUCGCAAAGAUGUACGUUCUUCACUGGGGGCUUGGUCAAUCUCUUUUGGGUUGCGUCGCGCCCCUCAAGUGUUUUAGUUGGCGGUGUGAAGGUGUUUUAGAUGGUGUUUCAAAGAGCAAUGGUCUCGGUGUAUUCUUUCUCAUAGUCACGUUUGGUCCGGUUGGUCCGGUUGGUUGGUUUGGUUCAGGUCGCAUAAAAACAAGUGUUUCCGUUGUUUUUUGCUUAUUUUCCCCAUCUGUGUCUCUCCGGCGAAGCAUUCUAGCACUUUACAUACAUUGGUCGGCGACAGCGGUUGUGAUGGCGGCGGACUGAGAGAAGUGUGUGUAUAGACGGAUGGCCACAUGGAUGAGGGGACUGGAGUUGCAUGCGCGUUGCGAUCUUUCGUCUAUUUUUUGUUGGUUGUGAGGUAUAUUGAUCAUAACACCAUCAUUGUCAUCUUCAAUCCCAUCUUUACUUAGCAUCGUCAACGCCACUUGUUUUGAGGUCUCACGUACCAACACGUGUGGUGGAGCCAGGGAUCUUUUACUAGUCUACACUUAGUACAUGUAUCGAUGUGACGGUGUCUAAUCAAAGUCAGUUAGAAGACAGUCAAAGCACUCAAAAUCAACUAUAUCAAACUAG